AUGUGGGACGCCAUUGAGGAUUCGCAAAAGCGGCGCGAGAUCCGCUACGGCAACAACAUUUAUGUGCUCUUCCGCGCCCUUCUGUACUGUCGGGACUUCUACGGUCAGGACAGCCUGUGGGCCGCCAUCGCCAAAGGUUUCAAUACGAACGCGACCGUGGUGAGGAAGACAGUGGAUAUCCUCACCGAGGCCCGCAGGGCUCAGCGCAACAAGCCGUCGAAGGAUUCUCACCCCAGUGUGCUAUCGGACCUGACCGUCUUCAAGGCGGCCGAGGCUUUCUUCAAAACCCAGGAGAAGAAAGUCGUUAAUGCCGCCAGAGUGCCCACGAAUCCGCACCAGACCCUCCACGUCAAUACAAGCCGUUUCUUGCCCAGAGGGUCCGCCAGUGAGGAGAACAGGUCCCCGCGUUGGCCACCGUCGCCGUCGAUCAAGUUGGAGAGCUCGGGGAGUGCUGCCGACAGCCAUAGCACGCUACAGUCGAUACGCAAGCGCUCUGUUUCGCCACAGGACGAGCGUAGCCCGAAGUCCAGGCGGCUUAACUCUGACGUGCGCGAGCAGACUCGAAACGGACCCGAGAGGCAAGGCGAACGCGACGAACCACCCAGGAUCCAGGCUACAAGAAGCCCUCGACGGCGGAGUAGCCAUCCCCAACACGAACAGCCCAGGCCGCCAGCUCAACCCGCCCGGCCUGCACCACAGUCCGUGCCUCAGCCCGCGGCUCAGUCAGGCACGCGGGCAGGGGGAGAAGUAGCACCUAACACCGCAGCCCGGGGCGUUGCUGACGAUCGGUCUGCCCUGCAAGAGCGUAUCGCAAGCCUUGAGAAACAGCUCGCCGAGACUAAGAGCAAGCUGAGCGCUGCCCCUCGGCCGGACGGCGCCGCCACGGCUAGCAACGGUCCGGCUGCCGCUUUCCCGGGGGAGCUCGGCGAGGUCAUAGGAGGCCUCAAAAAAGACAUGGCCACAGUCACCAACGUCAUCAGCACCAUGAUGGAAUCCAUGCACGACAUCGUCGACAGCCUCAACUCCCUCCAGGACGAGGUGUCCGGACUCGCCACGCAGCAAAAGGAGCUCGUGGCCGCGCACCCGUCCGCAGACUCCAACAACCAGCAGCAACAAGCAGCCAGUCCCAACCUCGACACUGUCCUCCAGCCCCUCCAAACCCUCGCCGGCACAGUUAACCUCCUCCGCGACGAUGUCUCUGCCCUCAAGAACCAAGUUGAGGCCACCACCACCGCAACCCCCUCCGCACCACCCCCGGAAGAUCCCACCGUGCUCAAAACCCUCCUCCAGGAGCAAACCUCUCGCAUCGACACGCUCGUCAGCCAAAUGUCCGCCCUCCAAGCCCAAAUCACCCGCCAACAGGAACAGCAGCAACGCCAACAGCAGCAGCAGCAGCAGCAGCAGCAGCAGCAGCAGCAGCAACUGCAGCAGCAGCCGCAACCGCAGCCGCAACCGCAACCGCAGCCGCAGCCGCAGACGCUGCGGCAGGCGAUGGCGGCGGCCGAGCGCGACCUGAAGGCGCACCUGGCGGCGGUGCAGCGCUUCUACCACCAGCUGGCCAGCGGGCGCGGCGGGGCGGGCGCGAGCCGGGCGGCGACGGAGCGCACGGCCGAGUUCCUUGCCGUGCUGACCGAGGGGGUGAGGGUGGCGGGGGCCGGGGCGGGGAUGCAGGGUUCUUGA